CAACGGGGCUCCAAAGACCUCAGCAGCGGCAGGAACCGAAGGCAGCUGGCUGUCUGCCCUGGCCAUGUUUUGAAACAGGCAAAAUCAGGUGUAUUCUUUACCACUGGACCACGAGGAAAGCCCGGACAGAAAAGAUGCCUUUGCUCAAUAGAUCUUAUCAUGUGGGCAACCUGCUGCAACUGGUUCUGCCUGGAUGGACAGCCUGAGGAGGCCCCACCGCCCCAGGGUGCCAGGACGCAGGCCUAUUCCAACCCUGGGUACAGCUCCUUCCCUUCCCCCACAGGCUCAGAACCUAGCUGCAGGGCCUGUGGGGCCCACUUCGCAAGCAUGGCCAGGAAGCAGCAGACCUGCUUGGACUGUAAGAAGAACUUCUGCACCAGCUGUUCGAGCCAAGUGGGGGCUGGUCCCCGGCUCUGCCUUCUCUGCCAGCGCGUCUGCGCCACGGGCUUCCGGCGGGAGGAGCUCAUGAAGAUGAAGGUGAAGGACCUGAGGGACUAUCUCAGCCUCCACGACAUCUCUACCGACAUGUGCCGGGAGAAGGAGGAGCUGGUGUUCCUGGUGCUCGGCCAGCAGCCCGUCAUCUCCCAGGAGGGCAGGACUCAGGCGCCCCCCUUGGGCCCCGACUUCCCCGAGCAGCAGGCCUUCCUCACCCGGCCCCACACCAGCACCGUGCCGCCUACCUCACCCGGCCUCCCGUCUGCACCCCCCGGCCAGGCGCAGGGCCGGCAGCAGGUGGCUCAGCGGAAGCGCACAGAGCCUGAGCGGGCUUUCCCCCUGCGUGCCCUGGGACGCCACUGCCCCUCGGCUCUGCUCUGCCUGCUGGACAGGCAGGGCCACCUGUCCUGA